AUGGGCCGCCGGGGCAGCGCCUGCGGUGGCUGGACAAGGAUGCGCCCGCACCUCUCCGCCAUCAUCCACGGAAAGGUGCCCGUCGACGCCGUGGCCACGGCGGGAGCGCUCACCCAGACAAUUUCGCGCGUCGAGCGCCAGUCGAUCCGCGGCGCGGCCAACAAGGAGGUGCUGGCAUACCACGCGCAGAGGCGCGCGCUGCUGUCCUGGCUCUCGCCCGGGAGGAGAUCGGCGCGUGAGAUGCGGAUUCCCCCCUUUCCCUGCCUCCGCCUCCCUCGACCCCCCCCCCCUUUCCUCUCUUGCCCUCGUGGAGUUCCAAUCAGACCUUGGUGA